CGCGCGCCGGGAGGAAGCGGCCGCGCGGCAGCUGCGGGGCGUGGGGGUGGUGGCGGCGGCCAAGGCCGAGGCCGAGGCGGCGGAGGCGAAGGCGGCGUCGACCCAGCCGUGGACGGUGCCCUGCCGGGCCCCUUCCAAGCUCUAUGGAGGCGGCGGCGGGCGGGGGCUGCGGCUCCGGGCCACCGCUGCUGCUGAGCGAGGGCGAGCAGCAGUGCUACUCUGAGCUCUUCGCGCGCUGCGCCGGCGCCGCAGGCGGGGGCCCCGCGUCCGGGGCCCCUGAGGCCGUCAGGGCCGUCCCCGGCGCGGCCACCGCAGCCGCGGGUCCCGUGGCCGACCUGUUCCGGGCGUCGCAGCUGCCCGCCGAGACGCUGCACCAGAUCACAGAACUGUGUGGUGCAAAGCGGGUUGGUUAUUUUGGUCCAACACAGUUUUACGUUGCCUUGAAAUUAAUUGCUGCAGCGCAGUCUGGCCUCCCUGUGCGGAUAGAGAGUAUUAAAUGUGAAUUGCCACUGCCUCGUUUUGUGAUGUCAAAGACCGAUGGUGACAUGCGAUUUGGAAACCUGGCUGAGCUGCAUGGGACUAAAGUUCACAUUCCAUAUUUGAUCCCAGAAAAAAAUACCUUCAAAAGAAUGGAUGAUGAAGAUAAACAGCAGGAAACACAGUCUCCCACGAUGUCACCCCUCGCCUCCCCUCCUUCUUCCCCGCCUCAUUACCAGAGGGUACCCUUGAGCCAUGGCUACAGCAAACUGCGGAGCAGCACAGAGCAGAUGCAUCCAGCUCCUUAUGAGGCUAGACAGCCCCUCGUCCAGCCUGAAGGACCCUCAUCGGGGGGCCCAGGGGCCAAGCCCCCUCGGCACCAGGCCUCCCUUAUUCGGUCCUUUUCAGUGGAGAGAGAACCACAGGAUAACAACAGUAAUUACCCGGAUGAACCCUGGAGGAUAACCGAAGAGCAGCGAGAGUACUAUGUCAAUCAGUUCCGAUUCCUGCAGCCUGAUCCAAGUUCCUUCAUUUCAGGUUCUGUGGCAAAGAACUUCUUCACCAAAUCAAAGCUUUCCAUUCCAGAACUCUCUUACAUAUGGGAACUUAGUGAUGCUGACUGUGAUGGAGCUUUGACCCUGCCUGAGUUCUGUGCUGCAUUUCAUCUCAUUGUGGCCCGGAAGAAUGGUUACCCACUGCCUGAGGGCCUGCCCCCAACUCUGCAGCCAGAGUACCUGCAAGCAGCUUUUCCUAAACCCAAGUGGGAAUGUGCACUGUUUGAUUCUUAUUCUGAGUCAAUGCCAGCAAACCAACAACCCCGUGACUUGAAUCGGAUGGAGAAGCUGUCUAUUAAAGACAUGGCUGAAUUUCCUGUCCCUAUCCAAGAUGUGAUUGGUGAUGACAAACAAGCUUUGAAAAGUACUGAGGAUGAAGCCUUAUCAAAGGACAUGUCUGAGGAUCCAGCCACUCCUAAGGAUUCCAGCAGUCUCAAAUCAAGACCAAGAUCCAGAUCUUACUCUAGCACCUCCAUAGAAGAGGCCAUGAAAAGGGGUGAGGAUCCUCCCACCCCGCCACCGCGGCCACAGAAAACCCAUUCCAGAGCCUCCUCCUUGGAUCUGAAUAAAGUCUUCCAGCCCAGUAUGCCAGCUACUAUGUCAGGAUUGUUGCCUCCACCACCUGCGCUCCCUCCGAGACCUUGUCCAUCCCAGAUUUCCCAUCACAAUGUAAACAGUGAGCCCAGCACUCAGCCCAAGCCUCCAUCUCAGCUGCCUGACCAUGGAGAUUUCAGACUGCAGAAACAGUCUGAACAAGCGUCUGAGGCAGAGCUACACUCCCAGCUGAACAGAGCUCCCUCUCAAGCUGCAGAAAGUAGUCCGACAAAGAAGGACAUACCAUAUUCUCAACCCCCAUCAAAGCCUAUCCGUAGGAAAUUUCGACCUGAAAAUCAAGCUGCAGAAAACCAAGAACCUUCCACCACUGUUGGUGGGCCAGCUUCUGGAGCAACUGUGAAACCCCAUCCAACAGUCCAAAAACAGUCUUCCAAACAGAAGAAGGCUAUUCAAACUGCUAUCCGCAAAAAUAAAGAGGCAAAUGCAGUGCUGGCCCGGUUGAACAGUGAACUCCAACAGCAGCUCAAGCAUUGUGAUGGAACUUAGGUGCAGGAAACCUGGACUUCUGCAAAGGCUCCUUCAUCUGAGGUUCAUCAAGAACGGAUUGCAUUGGAAAACCAGUUGGAACAACUUCGUCCAGUUACUGUGUUGUGACCCCCAAGAUUCAAGUAACCAUGGGUGACCUUUUCUGCCAAGAUCUUUCAUUUGAAUGUUUCAACUCAACUACUUGUCUUAGAUGUUUGAAACUGUGUCAAAAGCUGUGAGCAGUAGAAUACAAUCCAUAUCACCUUUUCUCUUGUACUUUACUUGUACGUUUUACUCUGGUGGAAAAAAUACAACUGAUUAUCACACUCGAAACUAUAAUUAUUGGUGGAAUUUAUCUCCCAUUCUUAAGUACUUCCUCAAGGUGUUAGGUAUUGCUCCUUAUCAAAAACUAUUCUAGCAAAUAAAACAACUUAGGGCAUUGUUUAUUUAAAGAAUUUAUGAUUUGUACAAAACCUUAUAACCCGGUGCCAUCAUGAUGCUUGUUUUAUUUUUGUAUGUAUAUCAUAUACGGUAGGUUGGUUUCCUGAAUCAUUGGAAGUUCAAUUGGUUAGUCUUUGGCAUGAUGAUGAUAAUAACAAAAACUAAAAUAAAACAAAAGCAUCAGAUUUAGACUGGCACUGUGCCCUCCACCACUACAUGCCAAAAAUUGCUUCUCUAGUGCCAUUUUGAUAUUAUAUCUAGCUAUGAAUAAUAUAUGACUGUCGUUUUCUGUUGAAUGGCAAAGACCUACUGGUUCUUUACACCUCUAUAAAAUGGAGGUUUUGUCAGUGGUCUGUUUAACUUGGCCCAGCUAGACCAUCAACCCGGGUAACUCAGUCCUUUUAUGUACAUUUUUAGGCAAGAGCAGUCUGUUUUAACUGCCUCUCCCAAUCAAAUUAAAUAGUUGCCAGAUCUCUACUUUUAUCCUGCAUGGGAAACAUAUCUGUAAACACAUGAAUUUGGAAAUCACCCAUCAGAUAUGAAAGGCUGAUGAGACUUUGAACAGAUACAUAAUUGUUUUUUGAACCCAGGUAUUCAAACUGGAGAAGAAGGGGAAAUGGUUAUUAUCAGCAAUUCAACAAUCUCUAGUAGUUAGUUUUGUCUUUGUUAUUUUAACUUGGAUUGUGUGUAUAUUGGAUAUAAAGAAAUAAUGAAAGGAAGGCCAGUUUUCACACUGGAUAUGUGACUGUUUGUUCUCUGUGAAGUGUACUCUUGGGAAGUGAUUGGUUUUUCCAUGGUCUGGAGGAGUCCAGCUGACUCCAGUGUAAGAGAUGUAAAGCGGCAAGCUCGAAUGGCAGAAGCCAGUAUACCCUCUAGAAAUUCGAAUAGCCACUGCUUCCCCUAAAGCUCAAGUUGAAAGUGGGAAUUGACCAACCCUCACAGGGAUCAAGGCACACCAUCUUUAACAUCACUUGGAGAGACUGAUGGCACGAAAGGAGGUCUCUUGAGCCUUUUGCUAAUUUACCCAUUCUUAGGCUAGAGGGUGGGGUACGCCUACGGUCCUUUUUGAAGUGGUUUAGGAUAGGUUUGCAGUGUAUUGGGAUUAAGCCUUUGAUUUCAGUAGGGUUGACAGCUUUUAGAAAGAGUAGGCGUUUAUUUAAUGCUUCCUUAUUUCAUUGGCAAGCUUUAUCAGUAUCUUAUGGCAGAGGAGCUCCAACAGAUGAUGUUUUUCCAAAGAAAAACAAAUUGGUUCUAUUCUGUGCAUAAUAAAAGAUUUUGAACUGAUUUGAUUUGAAAAUCACAAAACUGAAACUAUUUCUCUAUUCCGAUUUUCCUUCCCUUUCGGCUGCCUUUUUUUGUUGCUGUGGGAAGGGGUUGGAGUCAGUUAAUCCCCUCCUAAGAUUAUGACUGGGUCAGUGCAAAUACUUUAGGUCCCCUCUUUUCCCAUGUUCUGAGAUCUGAGGGCAGCAAGACAUUAACCAACAGUGUCCUUGUUGCAGGCAUUUCACAGCACAUUUGCCUUUUGUUACAUUCAAUCCAGGAGAGACCAGUAUAUACACGUUCUCUCUCCCAGUGCAUAUGCACUCACUGGAGAUAGCACUUCAUAUCCAUUAAGCACACAUGUAAACUAAGGAAUGUUAGUCUAUAUUAUGCAUUUGGAAAAUAUUGAUGUGUUUUUUCCCCACCAAGCCAAUGCCAAUGGAUAAGCCAAUUAGGAGGUUGGGGUUUUGUUUAGUCGGCUUAGUUUUCAUUAAAGGGAAAAAUUUGCAUUGGACAAUCAGCACCCCAUGAGUUGCAUAGUUUCACCAGUAUUUUAAGGUAGGCAUUGCGUUGAAGCACAUGCCAAUAAUAUUUGUAUCCAACCUUCUUGACUGGACUUAAUAGUGACCACCAUUUAUCAGCUGCUAAGAACUGGAUUUUUAAAACACACAUAUGCACACACACACACGCAUAUCAUUAUUAUUACCUAACUAAUGCUCAUCUUCUAUUUCUCUGUUUUCUUUGGAUGUACAUUUUAAACUUAGGGUUAUAACUCCUGGUAAUGUUUCUAUGAGCCUUUAAUGUUAUUUUAUAGGAAGGCAGGGUUAUUGAAAUCACCAUUAUACUUCUUCUAUAAAACUACUCCAAAAUUAGGCCUGCUUGUUGGGCAGAACUCUGUGGACAGCCGGUUGAUGCUGCCCCCAUCCAGGGGUUUAAUAAUCUUGUUGUUAAGUGGUCUUCCUCCAUGGGGUCCUGAGGAUAAAUCACAGUAGUGGUUGAUGGUGGGCUUGUUGGGUACCCAAGUGUCUUUUGUGUGUGGCUUGUUGCUUUUACCACCUCCCUUUCCAGCAAAACCAAAAGGUAGGUAUUGGAAUGGAGAUGCGUGUUGUAGUCAAGGUAGCUGUUUGCCUUAAUUGGAAGGAUCUAACUGCCUUAUUAAUAUUAGAGAAGUGCUUUGGGCCUGGCUGGGAGAGGAGACAGCUUAGCUGGCAGUUGUGUCCAUUUUACCAUCUUUGGAGAAUCGGAUGUCAGAGCUGAGAGACUGGUAUUCAUCUCCUGCAGUUUGCUUGUGGGGAAGCCAAGGCCCUAAGAAGCCAUGGUUCCUAGCCGAAUAAUCCAUAGAAAGAGGUAGCUAGUGGCAGAGUUGGGAUGCUAGCCUGAUUUUAUGGAUUCUAAGUUAAGUCCUCUAGCUUCUAGGCAAUAUUAAAAAUAGAUUAUAGGGGUUUCUUCUAUUUACUAUGUUGAAUUCUAUUUAUCUAAUCAGUCGUAAAAUAUGAAAACAUGUUUUAAUGAGUUUUAGAUCUAGAUAUUUGUCUUGGAUUGAAACAAAAAAUCUGAAGGGAAAGAAUAUGAUGAACUAUUCUUCCGAACACCUCAUCUUUCAUGAUGCAGUAAAUUACUCUGAGUUUCUUGGCAGAACUUUUGACAGCUGUUACUUUGAGUGGAUUCCAUUCCUAUAUUCCUUAUGGGAGUUUGUUUUUAAAAUAGACUACUGUGACUGAAAUGAACCCAAUAUGUAGUAAGUUACAGUUUUCUUCAAUAUAUCUUUGGUUACUUGGGUUGCAAAUGUUACCUUCAGCACAUUUUAGGGUGAGUAAUCAAAAAUAAGAAUUUUCCUUUGAUUUCCUACCAAUGUCUGAGCUAUCAUAAAACAUUCUUCUCUGUAUAUGUGACUUGAUUCUAAAGUCUGUUUCUAAAUGAUAGUUGUUUAUUUCUUAAUGAUCUCACAACCUUAGUAAUAAUAGGUAGGUAUUCAGAAGCCCAAUAAGAAAACCUUGGAAUGGAUGUGUUUCUUCCAGUUAAGGCAAGCAUUUGUAGAUGUCAUUUUCUAAGCAGUAGUUGGAAAGAUCCCAAUUAUAGUAUAACACCUUAGAGCUAAAAACAUUUGUUCAACAUGAGCUAGAAUCACACCUCCCAACUAGAUAUCACCAAGGGAACAUGAUUUUUAAAAUAUCUAAAAAAUUUUCAAAUAUCAUAGCAACCAGAUCUUCCCAUAUUAUUGACAAGUAGGUCUCCAUAGGUUGUGGUUUGAACAGGAUGAGUGUGAACAAAAUGAAAUAUCAGUGGAGAGGUCUUUUUCUCCUAGUAAAGAACACUUAGUAACUUUGGUUUCUCUUUCUAGGUGUCAUACUGUUUCAAGUGUACUCUUUUAAAACUCUGAUUUCAAAGGACUGCUUGAGUUUACAGUCUAGUAAAGGGUGUUUUGUUUUGUUCUGUUUCUGCAUCAUUACUCAGUGUGAUUCAAGUUUGUAGUAAGAAGUGGAGACGGGUUUUUGGAGUGCUGAGGUGACAUAUCUUGCUUCUCCUUCAGCACAGGCUAAGGGAGACUUCCCAUCAAUGCCAACAGGUCAGUCAUUGAUGGCAGUUUGAAUGUGAGUCACUCUGUGAGCCACCUCGCUUUGCUUGUUUGUAAUGGGAAAUGCAUCUAGCUUUGUGACCCUCCCAAGAGCACCUGUAAGAACAACAGACAUAGGAGCCAGACUUUACAAGCAGUGCAAGCAGAGUCUAAGGGCUGCUUCCCUCCCCAAAGAUAGGCUUUUUCAGAGGUUGCCUUACAAAUGUUCCCUUGAAACAGCCAGUCUGUUAAUAUGAGCAGGACAUCCCAGGUACCUUGUCGCUUUUAGGUUUGUAUAAUUAUUUUCUGCAUCUAUUAAUACACAUGAUGAUAAAGAAACCUUUUCUAAAAGGCAUAUAGGAAGGUUUCAGCGGAGAGGACUUGUUCUAGUUACAGAAGCCUUGGUCUGCUCUCAACAAUUGGGGAAUGUUUAUUUUUCAUGUUUUGUGAGUUCUCCUGUCUUGCUCUAAGCUAUAAGUUCAUGGCCAUGGGAAGUUGGAGAAAAUGGGUCUAUGACUCUGAAGACCAGAGGACUGUACUUUAAGAGGGUUGGAGUUGGAAUUUGAGGGGGCUACAAAAGGAAGUCCUCAGGUUCCGGUUCUGUCCUAAAGUGCUUUGUUGGACAACAGGACUGGAUCCUAAAGCCCCUUCAGGGAGCUCUGCCCUGGGAACAGAACAGUUCAUGCAAUAACCCCUUUGUAUGGUGAUUGGGUCAACUGGGUUAUGUUGGUUUUGUUUUGUUUUAAGGCAACUUGUGUGAGGGCAUCAACUGCACCCACUUUGGGAGCCUGGUAUACUCUUUAGCACCUCCAUUCUUUUUGUCUCCAGUGAGCCAGAGGUGGGAAGAGCCAUUUUAGUCUUCAUGCCAGUGGGCUGGGAGGGAUAAUGAGCUGAGUGGUCUAUUUUAACCUUGAGAGUAAAAAUGUAUAUUUUUUCACUACAGGUACAUUGAACAGUAAAAUGAGUAACAGCAAAGAUAUAUUUGAUGCCUUCCAUCUUUUCAUGAUAAUGUGCUAGCAAGUUGUGUUAAUAUUUUACUCAGCUAGAGUCUCAUUCAUUUACUAAACUUUGGGAGCAUUAUGUAUAUUGAUCUUAAACAUAAAUAAAGGAUAGCCUGUGUUGGAUUGUGACUUGUAGUCUCAAGCUAACCUUACUGCCUCUUUUUCACACUUGUUGGAAAGUCUGUGAAGAACACAGUAGGUUAAGAAUCUCCAACUUUGGAAAAUGUACAUAAUGUGAAACUGGGGUGCUAUGUUAAAAAUAAAUGUAUGAUGACU